AAAAAAAAAGAAAAAAGGAUUUUUCCUUUUUAUUUUUCCUUCUAAACUGAUCUUGGAAAAAGUGCAAAUUGAGGCAUGAAAUGUAGGAAAUUAAUUGUUGAAUGCUCAAAAUUUCCUUGAGUUUACCCUAGCUUCCCCGGUUUAUUGUUUUUUAAUGUAAUGUGUUUAAUUUAAAUGAAAUGUUUUUGAGAUGUUUUAGUUGGUUUUGCAGUCGUUGAAUGGUUGUGUUCAGUGUUCAGACUGUUAUUACAGCUGCCGUUCUAUGGGAUAACAUCUUUGGGUUUCAGUAAAGAUGUCGACCUUUAUUUAAACUAGAAAUAGUGCGGGACAUUUUUAAGGCAAGCACAAAAGGGUAAAUCAUCUCGUGUUACUUGUGAACACUCUGCAGACGUUAAAGAGAAAAGUUAAGAAUAAAUAUUUCAAAUUGGCACAGGAAAUAUACCCUGCUUCUUCAUUUUAUGUUUUUCUUAUUCACUAUGACAAAAUAACAGGAAACCACACAAAUGUAUGAAUAAAAAUUCAUCACCCAUGAUUCUUUACUCAUUAUCCAGAUGCACUCAUUCCAGUGUAUGUUAUAUUAAGGGUGACCGCAUGUCCUACUUUUUACCUGGGCCUGUACAGCAUAUCAGCCCUCCACCCAUCUAAGGUAUUCAGACAAUGUCCCACAUUUUAAUUGGCUCUGCUGAGUCUCAAAAGGAGGUGUUGUGUGGAUGCAUCCCUGCUGAAACCUAAAGAUGAUUAGCAUCUGAAUCCUCUGUUUUUACUGGGAAAUAAAAUGAAAAUACAAAAGUGUACAAAGACAAAACCCCCACAGACUUUAGCUCUUGUAUAUGCUCAUAAGAAAUUCCUCACAUGGUCAAUGCCAAACCAGUGCCAAAGAAUUUUAGACUGCUAGUAAAUACAUUAUACAUUAAAAAGCGACACAAGACGAGCAAAUCUCUUCCAGUGUGGAUGCAAAUUUAGGCCUCUGAAGGUUCUUAUCUGUAUCACGCUACGAUUACAUUAUGUUGCCUAGCAGUCACCUGUUAACAGGCCACAACAGUCCCAGCAAAUUUACUGCUGUUGUUACAAUUCCUUAUAAGGAUUGUUUUUAUGAAACACUUGUGUAUCUGUUUAAACCACAGGUGUCAGGCCGGCCCAGCUCAAUUUAAUAUCACGUGGGUCAGACCACUUAUACAGCUGUAUAAAAAUCCGCCUUUAUUUUAACGUAAAGAAGUUCUAAAUACAUUUAAUUAGCUGUCUUAUGUGUAUUUUAGUACAAAAUAAUAAAGUUUGUGGUCUUUCCAUUUUUAGUCCUCACACCUCACAGUGUUCACUGUACAAAGCCAUUCACUGGGCUAGUUGGGACCAGGUUAAAACAAAGGCAGGAAUAAUCUCCUCUGUCACCUUUCGGGGGCUCAACAGUAAUAUUUACCAAAACAGCAGCUUCAGUAACUGUUUUAGGAAAAUAAAUUUAAACAAACUCAUUCUGCUUAAUUUCAGCUCUAUAUUUUUAUUGUUGGACUCAACCAGAGUAGCUUUUACACGGUUCUUGAUUCAAAAUAAUUUAUCUUACACUCUGUCUCCCUUAAGUCCAACUUUCUUGUGAUUGACUGUAUCUCACAAACAAAAGGUUUGAAGAACAGGUGGUCACGUCUGCAGUAUUUGAGUCUUUGGCUUCGUCUAAUAUGAACAACCAUCACUGUAACAUAAAAUAAGGAAAGGCUCUGUGGUGGAAUCGGGACUCUUUCUCCAAAUGAUAAAUGUUUGUUUUUCCUUUCUUUUUAUUUCAGCUGCUGAAGACUCUGAAAAGACUCGGGGAGCUUCCUAUGACUGUGGACAUAUUGGUGGAAACUGGAGUGGGAAAGGCUGUGAACUCCUUCAGGAAACACGAAUUAGCUGGAGAGGUGGCAAAAAAUCUCGUAGCCAAAUGGAAGAAACUGGUUCCUCAGUCUGGAGACAGACCCAACAGCCACGGCUCCAGAUCUCACACGCAGGCUCGAGGCCACGACGCGAGCGGCAGAGGAGACCAUAAACGUCCCCGAGAGCCCUCGCCUGAGGAAGACCGCUCCUACGUAGAGGAGGAAGAGGAGGAAAGAGGUUACCACACCAACUAUUCGCCCUCACCUCCUCAGCACGACCAGUACAGUCCCCCACAGCGAGGAGGGUAUCACUCAGACGAAUACGAAAGCCCUGAGCCCGAACCUGAACCCAGCCCGCCACCACCUCCUCCCCCUGUGUCCCGCAAAGACGUCCGCCACACCAAACCAAACAAGGAGCCGAGCAAGAACCACCACAGCGACCGAAACCGAGACGAGGAGCGGCGGCAACGCCACGCACAGACGAAUAGCGAUAGAGAAGGCGGAGGAAGUCAAGGGAAGAAGCGAAGCGGAGACCGAGAGAGACAUCAGAGUCCGGUACAGAAGGCUGCCAAACACAGCAAGAAGUCAACCACGCAUGACAGCAGGAAGGAGGAGAAGAAGAAAGGAGGAGAUGAAGGGCGACCACGAGUGCCGAAGGACUCUCCACCUAAGGAGGAAGAAGAGGACUUCGAGGUGCCCACCAUGUCCUUCGAGUCCUUCCUCACAUACGACGCCCCGACGUCUGUGAAGAAGAAAAAGAAGACACCGUCAGCUUCAUCUUCAUCGCACAGUCGGCCGUCUCACUCCUCCUCGUCAACGUCAUCUUCCCAUCGCACACGAACACCUCCACCUGCAUCCUCCUCUUCGUCCUCUUCUUCUUCCAAAGCGCGCAAGGCGAACGGCGCUCAGAGUACCAAGAGGACGCAUUCGAGGACAGCGGUGACGACGCCAUCGAGAAGCAAGGAGGUUUACGAAGCUGUGCCGACUGUUCCUGAAAUCCAGCUGCCAGCGAUUCAGCCCAAUUACAGACCUCUGCCCUCCAUUGACAUCACACCGCUGUCCCCUCAGAGACGCAAAGUUCCUGUGUGCAAUGAAGAGGAUGAUGCAGGCUUCACGGGGAAGCGGUUUAACUCCAAGAUGGUGGUCUACUCAGGAUCGAAGACCGCCUACCUGCCCAAGAUGAUGACGCUGUACGAGCAAUGCAUCCGUGUCCUGCAGAACAACAUCGACUCGAUCGCUGAGGUGGGAGGAGUGCCGUUCGAUAUCCUGGAGCCGGUUCUGGAGAGAUGUACCCCAGAGCAGCUGUACCGCAUCGAGCAGAGCAACCAGUGGUUCACGGAGGAAUCGGACGAGCUGUGGAUGCGUCACUGUCGGCGCGACUUCAAGCGGGAGUCUCCGCAGGAGUACGAGUCAUGGAGGGAGUUGUACCUGAGGCUGCACGACGAGCGCGAGGAGCGACUAAGGAUGCUCACACAGAAUAUCACGUCUGCGCAUGCCAACAAACCCAAAGGACGUCAGGUUAAGAUGGCGUACGUAAACUCUGCCGCCAAGCCGCCCCGUGAUGUUCGCCGCCGACAGGAGAAGUUUGGAACCACCAGUGGUUCGACAGCCAGCUCCACAGCAGCUGCAGCUCCUAUCAAAAUAAGACCGGCUACCACUGACUACUCCGGAGAAUCAAGCCAGUCGUCUUCCUCCCAAAACAACCCUCCUCCCGCUGGUUCAUCCCGCUUCUCUGCACCGAGCGGAGUAGGACACGCCGCCCGGGAAAAACCUCAAGUCAAAAAAAUCGCCCCCAUGAUGGCCAAAACUAUCAAAGCAUUCAAGAACAGAUUCUCCCGCCGGUAGUGUGAAAGAGACUGAAUGUAUUUUAUGUGAUUUUAAUUACAGUGUAGCGGAAUUGGACUGGAGACCCUCCAACCCUGCGCGCACACUUUCAGCCCCGCAAACAUCACAUGAACUUUGCAGUAUUUGUGGAAAAAUGGUUAACUUCCCUUUUUUUUCUUUGUUUUUGUUUUUUUUGUGGGGGUGGGUUGAUGUUUUUUUUUCUGUGGUGACGUCUGUUUUGCGGGUCUUAAAUUAAGUAUUUAAAUCCUAAACGAUGGUACACAUGGUAGAAGGACACACACAAACACAGUCAGUCUGUUACUGAAUCAUGUUUUCCAGCAGACGGUUUUUAAAGAAAGAGUUUUUGGGGGAAUUCUUGCUGCGAGGUUAGAUUAGAGGAUUUUUCUAUCGCUUUCUCCGGCAGCACAAAGACUGGAAAGAGGGGAGCAGCUCGUUUUCAGCUGUAACAGAAUCAGCCCCAGCAGAACCUUUAAUUGUCAUUAAUUAACAUGUACAUUUGUACACAGCCAAAACGUGCACAAAAAAAUUUGUGACCUUUAAAAAAAUUUGCCUCAAACCUGCAUUCUUUCUAAUGGCCAGUAGGGGGCGUCUCUGAAAUUAUAUUGUAUAGAAGUCCAUGAGUAAAUUCUUCUAAUGUGAUCCGUAAACUCAGUUAACAUUUUCCUGAAGAGUUUAUGGACUCAGCUGCUAAUUUUAAGUCUUAAUCAAUGAAAAAUAAAGUUAAUGCUGUAAAUUAUUUUUGCUAAAUAAUUUAAAUUAUUUGUGGGUGGCCAAGUCACUAUGUUAGCCACCCGAGUUUUAAAACUCUCAACUCAGUGCUGCACUAACCAGAGGGUGAUGUCGUGAUGGCCACAUCCAGCUUUUAUAUACAGUCUGUGACUAAUUGCACUAAUCAAUUUGUUUCAAAUGUUCAUUUUUUUUAACCCCUCGCCUGUAAAAGGCUGACAGUGUACUGUCAUCACUUGGGUGGCAGGGAGGGCAGCGUAGGAUUUUGAAAUUGAUAGCAUCGGUGCAUCUACUAAAAAUCUCAGAUGAUUUUAAAUCUCAGUGACCUCGACCUCAAGGUCAGGGCUAGAGGUCAAGUGUAUGAAUGUGAUAACUCAAGAAGAAACUCACCUAGGAUUUUCACAUUUAUAGCGUAAGUGCAGUAUUUUUACUGCUGUGACCAGACAUUGAGCAUCAAGGGCUCAACCUUAAUGCAGUUAAUAACUGAAUCAAGUUUUCCUUUCAUAAAUAAUAAUAAUAAUAAUAAUAAUAAUAAUAAUAAUAAUAAUGGGGGGGGGGGACAUUUGAACAAAGUAGCAUUUCCGCAAAAGCUCCCCAUCUGGUCAGAAACGGUAGACUUGACAUGCAAAAUGUUAAUAUUUAUGCUUGAUUUUCUCUUUUCAUUUCAUUUCAUUUAUUUGUUCAUUUCCAGGCACAACAAAUACCUAUAUUGAACAUAAAAUGCACAAAACAAAAAACAAAAAUUGCCUGAAAAAGGAGUGGGACUUUUCAUAACAAUUAAAGAGAUUACAUUUGUUAAACAAUGAACUUAAACGUUUGUUUUUCUCCCUUGUUUCCUGUCUUUGUGCCAAGCCAAGCGGUUCAUAUUUAUCAUAUGAAAGAUGAUAGUUUUAUCUGUCUUCUAAUCAAACUAGUAAUGAGCAUAUUUCCCAAAGUGCGAAUCUUUUCCUUGUAAGGGACAGAAAAAGGGCUCUUAUUUUAAAAACAGUCAGCUGUUGUUUCCCCUAUGACCAAAUGAUACACUACAGUGGGAAACUUUUACACUUUUACUCUUGUUUUGUCUCUUAAUCGCAUGCACCGUGCACGUCCCGACACCCGAGACAUCAGCUGGAUGGUGGGGGACUUUAAUCAUGUUUUGCCUGGUGCAUUUAAAAAAAAUGUGUUUGGCUAAGAUGAAAGCACAGCAGAGCGUGCGGCGUCGUAGACUUACUUUAACCCUCCUGUGGCUUCAAUUCAUGUUUCCCUGCUGUCGAAUGUGUGCUUCCCUGUUUUUAUCUGCUUCACUGUGACAAACUGAGUGAGGGGAGAUUUGGAAAAAGAACCAUAAGUUGUCUGCAGCUGCAGUCCAUGAUGAUGAUGAUGAUGAAAUGUAUUUAUUUUCAACACUGGGACCUGGCACCCCACAACAUGGGCCUGAAUGGAAGUAGAUUACAAAUUGUAAUUUUAUUAGAUUUUAAUAAAUGUUAUAUGGUCAUUUUUAUUAAAAUUGACUUUUUCCCUGAA